GAAGGACAAUCCUAAUCCUAGUGUGAUGGGGACUGAUGUUGUUGUUCAGACUGUCCCAGCUGGUGUUAUUGGUCAUGGUACAGGUUUGAUUCAAGAUACUAAUGGUAAUGAACAACAAGAGGUUACACCGGUUGAUCAAAGAGGUAGGAGUGGUAAGGUUGAUGAUAUAGAAAUUGGGCAACUGAGUAGUGAUCAACAGAAACCUGUUUCUAAACUCCCUCGUGACAUUCCAGCUGCUACUACUUUAGUGACGAUUUACCAGGUUGUUGGUUCUGCUCUACAAAAUCAUUAUAUUGCACAAAAUGCUCCUGGGGUUCAAACGAUUAAUGAUCGAGUAAUAGGAACAACUCAGUUAAAGGAAAUUACAGAGAACUCAAACACCACAAGAAUGGGGAUGAGAAGACACGGAGAGAAGGGAGAUGAGAAGACACGGAGAGAAGGGAGAUGAGAGGAUACAGAACUUUCAUAUAAUACAAACGUCAUGCAAUUCUUAUUCUACUAGGUAUUUAUAGGGAAUGCUAAAUCCUAUUUUCUUUCUUCACACUUCACGUAUUCCAGCACUCUGCUGCCAAACAAAGUCUAUUAAUUUUGUUGGAUGUUUUUUUUUA